AUGCUCAUCGAACAAAGCCGGUGGCGGCCGGUGUACCGGUGGAAGGCCCACGAAAAAUUGGUUCUCGAAGUGAAGGGUCUUCAAGAGACCUUGGAUAAGUCCCAGUGCAUGCUGGAUGCAAUGCAAAGCCGCCUUCAGGCGAUGGAGCAAGCUCAAACUAGGAAUGAGGCUCAGUUGGACUUGCUGGUUCGUCUACAGCAAUCCGGGGCAAUGCCCUUGUCUUCGGCGCAAGCGCCUCCAAGUUCACAUGGGAAGGAUCCCGGUACGGCUUAA